CAGUUCCGGGGUGGGGCGGCGCCGACUGGUGCAAGGAGGGACUGAGGGGCGGACAAAAGACGGGGCUUCGCCGCUGGAGGCGCCACCAGGAAAGCUGCUUCCAUGGCGUUUGGGGAGUGCCUCUCAACUCAGGACCCUUCUCCAGCCAGCAGCCUUGAGCUCCGGCACAGAUUGCUGAAGUGCAGAUAGCAGAACGGAGAGGAAGGCCAGUGUCUUUUUCAGGAGGGGCCGGUGGACCCGGGAAUGACCGGUUUGGUGAGCCAUGAUUCCCGUCACGGAACUGCGUUACUUUGCCGAUACCCAGCCGGCGUAUCGCAUCCUGAAGCCCUGGUGGGACGUCUUUACAGAUUACAUCUCCAUUGUGAUGUUAAUGAUUGCAGUAUUUGGCGGGACACUACAAGUCACCCAGGACAAAAUGAUUUGUCUGCCUUGCAAAUGGGUUACCAAAGAUGCUUGCAACGACUCUUUCCGCGAAUGGACGGCCGCAAACCUGGACUCAAAUUACCAUAAUGCUUCUCUGGGGUCACCCCUGGACCCUGGGCCUACGGGAAUCAAAUACGAUCUUGACCGGCAUCAGUACAACUACGUGGAUGCUGUGUGUUAUGAAAAUCGCCUUCACUGGUUUGCCAAAUAUUUCCCUUACCUAGUCCUGCUGCACACACUCAUCUUCUUGGCUUGUAGCAACUUCUGGUUCAAGUUUCCAAGGACCAGCUCCAAGCUGGAGCAUUUUGUCUCCAUUCUGUUAAAAUGCUUCGACUCCCCUUGGACCACAAGGGCUCUCUCCGAGACGGUGGUGGAAGAAAGCGAUCCUAAGCCAGCCUUUGGGAAGAUGAACGGCUCCAUGGAUAAGAAAUCUUCCAACGUCAGUGAGGAUGUGGAAGCCACCGCCCCAAUGCUGCAGAGGACCAAGUCUCGGAUCGAGCAAGGCAUCGUGGACCGAACGGAGAACGGCGUCUUGGACAAGAAGGAAGGAGAACAAGCCAAAGCACUGUUUGAGAAGGUCAAGAAGUUCCGCACGCACGUGGAAGAAGGGGACAUUGUCUACCGCCUCUACAUGAGGCAAACCAUCAUCAAGGUGAUCAAGUUCAUCCUCAUCAUUUCCUACACUGUCUACUAUGUCAACAACAUCACCUUUGACAUUGAUUGCAAAGUGGACAUUGAGAGCCUGACUGGCUAUCGCAUGUAUCGUUGUGCUCACCCCCUGGCGACCCUCUUCAAGAUCCUGGCUUCCUUCUACAUCAGCCUGGUGAUCCUCUACGGCCUGAUCUGCAUGUACACACUCUGGUGGAUGCUCCGUCGGUCCCUCAAGAAGUAUUCCUUCGAGUCCAUCCGGGAGGAGAGCAGCUACAGCGACAUCCCCGAUGUGAAAAAUGACUUCGCCUUCAUGCUGCAUCUUAUCGACCAGUACGACCCCCUCUAUUCGAAGCGUUUCGCUGUCUUCCUCUCAGAAGUGAGCGAAAACAAGCUCAGGCAGUUGAACCUCAACAACGAGUGGACUUUGGAGAAACUGCGGCAGAGGAUCACCAAGAACUCCCAGGAUAAGUUGGAGCUGCACCUCUUCAUGCUUAGUGGCAUUCCAGAUACGGUCUUUGACCUCAUCGAGCUGGAGGUGUUAAAACUGGAGCUCAUCCCUGAUGUCACCAUACCCCCCAGCAUCGCUCAGCUCACCAGCCUCAAGGAACUAUGGCUGUACCACACCGCGGCCAAAAUAGAGGCCCCCGCCCUUGCCUUCUUACGGGAAAACCUGAAAUCCUUACACAUCAAAUUCACAGACAUUAAGGAGAUCCCACUGUGGAUUUACAGCUUGAAGACCCUGGAAGAGCUCCAUCUGACGGGGAACUUGAGUGCCGAAAACAAUCGGUACAUUGUGAUCGACGGUCUGCGAGAGUUGAAGAGGCUCAAAGUGUUGAGGCUAAAGAGCAAUUUGACCAAGCUGCCCCAGGUGGUGACAGACGUUGGCGUCCAUCUCCAGAAACUGUCCAUCAACAAUGAAGGGACCAAGCUCAUGGUCCUGAAUAGCCUGAAGAAGAUGGUCAACCUGACAGAGUUGGAACUCAUCCGCUGCGACCUGGAGCGCAUCCCUCACUCUAUCUUCAGCCUCCACAACCUCCAGGAGAUUGACCUCAAAGACAACAACCUCAAGACCAUUGAAGAGAUCAUCAGCUUUCAGCACCUACAUCGCCUCACUUGCCUUAAACUGUGGUACAACCAAAUUGCCUACAUCCCAGUGCAGAUUGGCAACCUGACCAACCUGGAGCGCCUUUACCUUAACCGCAACAAGAUUGAGAAGAUCCCCACCCAGCUUUUCUUUUGCCGGAAACUUCGGUAUCUGGAUCUCAGCCACAAUCUUUUGACUUGCAUACCAGCGGAAAUCGGAGCGUUGCAGAAUCUGCAGAACCUCGCUGUUACAGCCAAUAGGAUCGAGGCUCUGCCCGCGGAACUGUUCCAGUGCCGGAAGCUGCGGACUUUGCACCUGGGGAACAACGUGCUGCAGUCCCUGCCUUCCCGGGUGGGCGAGCUGACCAACCUGUCCCAGAUCGAACUGCGGGGGAACCGUCUGGAGUGCCUGCCGGUGGAGCUGGGGGACUGCCCCCUGCUGAAGCGCAGCGGGUUGGUUGUGGAGGAGGACCUCUUCAACACGCUGCCUUUGGAGGUGAAGGAGCGUCUCUGGAGGGCGGAUAAAGAGCAAGCUUGAAUCUUUCCUGAAAGAGGAGAAGGAGAAGUGAAGCUGCGGGCUGGUCUGAUUCACAUCUCUUCCCCCUGGGGCCCAGGGGACCCUAGGCUGACCCCGCUUCCCCGGGCCCCUGCUCUGGAAACACUCUCCCCGCAGAUAACACACUUAACCACGGGGAGGGGCCCAGCCACGGCUGAGGACUACCACGAGUGGGCAGGAGUGAGACGGUUUGCUGCUUCGGAAAGGAAGGGAGGCACAGAACUAACUCGGGGGCCAGGACAGGGAUUGUGGUGUGGCUGCUCCCUGUGGGAACUUGGCCUCUCCCUGCUAGAAAAGGAGACCAAGGCUGGUGCGCUAGGAAGAAGGACCGGCUGCUGUGUGUCGGGGCACAUGGCCUGAUCCUGCUGCUGCUGCUUCAUCGCUCGGGCACCGUCCAGGAACUGAACGCUUCGGCCCAUCCAAAGACAGGAAUGGCGUUCAGCUGCCCAACUACACAUUGCGCAACGUCCGGUCCUGACCCAAACGAUGAUGUGCAGAUACUCUCAGAUGAGUUGAUAGGAGAAGAUUCAGACUUUAUUUUUUUUGACGGCGGCAUUUUUUCUUUAAAUUGUAUUUUACUUUGGAACCCUGUUUGCAAAAGUGCGACUUCAGCCUUUCUCCCCUUGUCCUGGAGUUCUCCAAUUAGGACUCCAGGACAAAUCUCAAUGGCUUGGUUGGGCUGCUGAACACAGCAGGAAUCUGGGAGUGUAAGAUCAUGAAUUUCCACGUGAAGGAUGCCAGCCUGUAUUUUUCUGGUGAAAAAGUCUUAGCAGUUGCAAAAACAUUAAACAUUCAGCGGGUUGGGGAAGUUGUUAAUUUUUAAACUGACAUUUAACAUUCCUUAUAGUACACAGGACUUAAAACAUGGGUGCAGCUGAGAAAUUCCCAUUGGAGAGGAACACGGGCACCAACGAUCAAAACACUAAAAAAGAACCUCAACGUGUACUGUAUUCUUUUUUUUUUUUUUAAUCUGCUACCAGCAUCUUCCAGGAGGUUAGAACUACAUCCACAUUCCCUGUUCCCUUUAUGUUUUUUUUUUUUUAAAUAACAGCUGGUCUGUUUAUUUUUUGCUAUUCUCAUUCUUGGCGCCUCAAUGGUCCUCCAAGAAGGGAUGGGAUUUUGCCUCCAUUACCUGGUUUGACGCAGUGCCAAGCGGCUUGUCAACAGAGAAUGGAGCUGGGUUGAUUCCCUCCUCGGUGUUAAAAAGGAGUGGCAGAAAACGCAUGGCAGGGGCUAGGGGGUUUUGUAGGAGAACUGGCUGCAAAUGGGGGGAGACGCAUUCUGCAAGGAAGCGAGAAAUGGGUAAGAUUUGCACUAUUGUCCAGCACCCCCCCUCUGGCCCCCACCAGUGGUCUAAACUUUACAUCCUGUUGCAGCUGGAAAAUUCCACCUGCCAGAUGUGGGAGGAAAAAAACUCCAAAAGCAUUCAGCCAGGGCGGAGACACAGUCCCACCAUAUCCAGAAGGACUGGGGUUUAUGGAACAUGCAGUUCCCAAAUGUAUGUGUGUGUGUGUGUGUACACACACCUAUUAAAAUACCGCAUCUGGAAGAGAGCUGUUCCACUCAGUUGGAAAUUAAAGUGCUCAGGCCCCGAUCCUACAAGAAGGAGAAGAGAGGCUGUUGGUGAAGUGGUGAAAGCUGGUUGCCACAUCUUUGGGCCCCUCUGCUGCUGGGAAGUCGGUCUUGGCCUAAUCCCUGAGGGGUGUGGGACCCCCUUCCCUUUCCCUUCUCCCCUUUUUCAGCAGUAAAUGGGACAAAGCCGUUGCUUGCUUCCCUGCUGCCUCCGUCCGCUGUAAUGGGAAGGAUUUCCGCACACUGGCAAUGCUGCCACGUGAAAAGCAACGUUAUCCAGGCGCUGGCAUUGUUCAUGUUUAAAAUAAAGCUACAUGGAAAUCCUCACAAA